AGAUAGAUAAGCUCUGUCCAUAAUAUCAAAAGGGGUUUCCCAGUAAGCUUUUGGAGAUUUCAGACAUCAGAAAAUUAGCGGAAAUGGAAUUUGGGGAUCCCAGCUUCAUCCAUCAGUGGCCAAUAAACUCUGUUGAUGAGCUCAGUUCACUGUCUAUGGCAGCUGUAUUUGGAGAGAAUUUACAUCAGUCUUACUCUCAACCGAUGUUUGACCUUAAACAUUCCAUGGAAAUUUCUGAUACUGGCCUCAACAGGUCCAUGAAAAUGCUCAAAACCAACAGCUGGAAUUCCUGCAUAACCGAUCAGUUGUCAAACAUACAAGCUGUUCCUUCUCCCAAAACGCUUCCCUAUGUCAAUUCAAAUUACACGAAUGAAGUUGGUCUUGUUAAGCCUAAAGAAGAAGCAGUGUUUUCCAAAAGUAAUACCAAUGUACCUUUAGAGAUUUCCUUUGGGGACCAAAAUCAGGUGUUCACUCCUUGUCAAAGAUCUAAGAGGAUUAGACUUUCUCAAGCUCAAGAUCACAUCAUAGCCGAGAGAAAGAGAAGAGAAAAGCUCAGCCAGAGGUUGAUAGCCUUGUCUGCUCUAGUCCCUGGACUAAAGAAGAUGGAUAAGGCUUCUGUUCUUGGAGAUGCUAUAAAGUAUUUGAAACAACUCCAAGAGCAAGUAAAGACCCUUGAAGAACAGUCCAGGAAGAAAUCCAUUGAAUCUGUAGUUUAUGUGAAGAAGUUUGAGCUUCAUUCUGAUCCUGCCAAUUCUUCCACAUAUGAAAAUUUCUCCGGUGGCCCUCUUGAUGAGCCGCUCCUAGAAAUUGAAGCAAGAGUUUCUGACAAAGAUGUCCUCAUAAGAAUUCACAGUGAGAAAAGGAAAGGAAUUCUGGAAAAGACAAUAGGUGAAAUUGAGAAACACCAUCUAUCAGUCAUUAAUAGCAGUGUCAUGACUUUUGGGAAUUAUGCUCUUGAUAUAACUAUAAUUGCACAGGUAAUCUUUUAUCUCUUGUAUAAAGACCCAUUUCUUUCUGACUAAGUUGCUGAUUAAAAUUUCAUUGUUGUUAAUCAUUUCUGUAUUAUACGUUCGAU